AAUAUAUACCUCUUUAUGCGCGUGCUUGUGUUUUUUGACAUGUUUCCCUGUCGUUGGGCCACGCAAGCACGCGUCCAGCCUCGUCUUUGUGCUGUUUCUGGUCGAUUGUGAGGGGCACACAGCGAAUUCCUACGGUGGCAGUCGUCUGUGUCUCUACUACCCCACUAUAAACAGGGAGCGUCGCAAUUCUCAUCAUGGCGAAAAAGAAGAGCAAGAAGAACCAGAAGCAGGUGGAGUCCGCGUCUCCACCAACACCACCGACCGAAGAGCCUGUCCCUGCUAUACCUGAUGCUCCAACAUUAACAGCAGAAACACCAGCCACCAAAGUCACGACUCAAGACCAAUCACUCACAGAGACACUAGCCACAGAAGCCACGUCAGGAGUCCAGGCAACACCUCCAGCUGCCACGAUCGACGACACGUCGAUCGUUGAGCCUCUGGUCGAAGGGCCCACAUCUGCACCUAGCCAAGAUCCUGAGGGCCUUGAAGCUAUCACAAACGACACCGAGCAACCGGUAGCCACUAAGGAUUCGGACGUGGUCGAGACCGCACCCGUUCUAGAACAAGAAGAAGUCACUGUGCCGAAAGAGGAAGAUAUCACACAAGGAGUACCCUCAGAAGAGCAGGCGAACGAGUCAAAGCCAGAGGUCACAGAAGAGCCGGCAGAAACUCCAGCAUCUCCAACUGAGCCAAUUGAACUAGUUCAAGAACCUGAUCUUCCGGCACAAAUAGAGCCAGAGAACGUGGUAGAAGUUCCCGGUCAAGAAGAGCCGAUGAGUGUAGCGAAAGUUGAUGCACAAGUAGAGCCGGUCAAGGGGGAAGCUCCAGAAGCUCUAGAAGCGGAGCCGGCUGUUGCCACAUCAAGCUUGUUGUCUACAGAGCGUGAGGAGUCUCAGCAGAAUCAGUCCGAAUCCGAGCAUGUCGUAGAAGCACCUAAUGUGAGCGAGUCACUACUGCCGCCAGCCCCAGAGGUGCCCUCUGCGCAACCACAACCGCUUGCUGAGAAAAGCAUUGUUGAACCUUCUCCAGCCCAUCCUAAAAAGGAGACAGCCAAGCAAAAACGAGCGCGCGAGGCCAAAGAGAAGAAGCAGCGUGACGAGAAAGAACUAUUAGAGAAGGAGAGGCUCGAGUCGGAGGGACUUGAGAAGCAGCGCGAAGAGCAAGAGAGGCUCGAGCGGGAAGCAAAGGAUGCUGACGAUGCUCAGAAGGAGGCUGAAGCCAAAGAAGAAGAACGCCGACUCGAGCAGGAGAAACUCGAGCAGGAGAAACUCGAGCAGGAGAAACUCGAGCAGGAGAAACUUGAGCAGGAGAAACUUGAGCAGGAGAAGCUUGAGCAGGAGAAGCUUGAGCAGGAGAAGCUUGAGCAGGAGAAGCUCGAACAACAAAGGAUCGAGCAGGAGGCCAAAGAAGCUGCUGAUGUUGCCGAACAGGCUCGGAAGGAUGCUGAAGCCGAAGAGGCAAUUCGAUAUCAAGAGCUAGAGAAACUCGAGCAGGAAAAGCUCGAGCAGGAAAAGCUUGAGCAAGAACUACUCGAGCAGGAAAAGCUUGAACAAGAAAAACUCGAGCGCGAGCGGAAAGUUGAAGAGGAAUGCCAGUUGGAGGAACAGAAGAGACUCGAGCAAGAGGCCAUAGAAGCUGCCGAGGCCGCAGAAAAGGCUCAGAAAGAGGCUGAAGUCGAGGAGCAGAAGCAACGCGAAGAACACGAGAGACUCGAACAGGCGAGAAUUGAGCAGGAGGCUGCCGAAGUUGCUAGAAAGGCUCAAGAGGAGGCCGAGGCCGAAGAAGAACAACGGCGUAAAGAGUUGGAGAGAAUCGAGCUGGAAAAGGUCGAGAAGGAACAACUUGAGCACGAAAGACUGGAACAGGAAGCGAAAGAUGCCGCCCAAUUCGCUGAAAGAGCCCAAAAGGAGGCCGAGGAAGCGGAGGCUGCCCGCAUCGCCGCAGAGUAUGCCUUGCGUGAACCGACGCCGACGCCUUUUAUACACGAUCCACCUAACGUGCCAGCACGAGCUCCAACGCCUCCUUCUCGCAGUCCACCUCAUUCUGUGACGACAGCAGCGUCAAAGCCAAGAGCACAAGAAGCGGGCCCAAUGCAUGCACCAAGACCACAAGCUGUCACCCAGAUCAUUGAGGAUAAUCGACCACCAGCCCCAAGCCCACCCGUAAGCAGAAUACGAUCAAGGCAUACAUCUGCUUUUGACUCCGAGGAUGAUUCCGAUUCUGCCCUAGUACAGACUAGGCGUCGAUUCCGAGGCGGUGAGUCGCUUGACACCUCGCGUGGAUCCACAUACCCACCGCCAACGCAUACCCGCGGUGUGUUCGCUUCGCGCGUACCUGCGGAAUCCACCUACACCAAUCCUCCACCGCCUCCACCGCCGGGAUACCAUCCCAGAUACUACGCGCCGGCAGCCCCACCUCACUACCAAAAUCAUGGUUACGGUAUGAGUCAGCCUGGUUAUCCAAACCCUAACCCCUACGGUCCCUCGUCGCACUCUUCUUCCUCCCCAUAUCAAGAAUCAUGGAACCAAUAUCCACCUGGUUACCCCCCUUAUGGCUCUCCACCCCAACGUCAUGACUCCUCGGGCUCUAGAGACUAUCCCGUGCAUGCAAUAGAGAACGGACCUGCAAUUGAAAACGAUUCUGGUGACGUAUUCUCACGUAUUGCACAAGCUAUCCCUGACUUGCACGUUCUGCUUGCACGAUACAAGGAGACGCAUGGUCAGUUGAGUGUACGGGAGGAGCUCCUUCGCCGAUCUAGCGUUGAACAGGAGGAAAAGUUGAGAGCAAAGGACGAUGAGAUCGAUGACCUGAAGGAGAAGAUCCGCAAGUUGGAGAACAAGCAUUCAGCUGAGGCAAGCCGACUGCGUUUUCAGAUUGGUAACCUGGAAGAGCAAGUCAAAGAACUUCGAGAGCAGAUCGCUGAGACAGAGAAGUACAAGAAAGACGCCGAGGAAACUAAGUCGGCCCUAGACGCAGCGAUGAGGUCUUGGGAGGCCAAGUAUAAAGAGCUGGAAGAAGCGCAUGCUCUACUUGAGAGAACGGCUGCAGAAGAGAAGACAAAGGCCUGGAGGGACUUUGACGAGUGGAAGUCCACUGCUACUACGAAGCAUGACGCUGAGAAGAUCGCUCUUGCCAUUCAAUUCGACAAGAAGCUCAAGGAAGCCGACGUCCUUGCCGAGAAUCAGAGACAGGAGGCUGCAGCUGCCUUUGUUCAAGAGAAGGACGAUCUUCGGUCUGAGCAUCAGAGACAGCAGCGCGAACGCGAAGCCAGCUUUGACAGAGUGCGCAACGAGCUCGAGACUAAGCUCGGCUUGGCCCAGAAAGAUCGCGAAGAAGCCCUCAAGCAUGAGCGCGAGAGCCGAGAAUUCUGGGUGUCCGAGCGCGAAACGCUCCUCAAGGCUCAUCAAGAGGACCAAGACAGCCUCCACAAGGGUUGGGUUGAGCAGCGCGAUCUCUUGGACGCCCAGUACAAGAAGACCAAGGACGAGUCAGACAAGGCUUGGAUCGAUCUGCAUGCUGAUGCUAGCCGUAGGGCUGAAGAGGAGAAGGCCAAGGUCGAACAGCUGACGAAAGAGAGGGAAGAGUUGAUGAAGAAGUACGUCGAGCUCAGAGCAGAGAGCCAAAAAGAGAAGGAAGUCAUCAAGAGUGUUGCCGCCAAUCUUGACUCUGAGAAGGCUAGAUUGGAGAAGUUGAUGGAUUGUUACGGAGACAUCGCAGAGAUUAAAAGCAAGGGCGACACCUACUAGUAAGUGAUUUUGGCUUGUUUACCGUUAUCCAGCACGCUCCAUGCGACGGUAGCAGACCAAUGAAGUAUGUCGACCAUAGCAAUACUACUGUCUGGCAGAGGCUUGACUGUAUGGUUUCAGUGUUCUUUGCGCUUCAGAUCGGAGAUUGUAGAGAACACUGAAGCCAUGUAGCCUACCUUGUGUGGCAGCUGCCCCAGAUGAGUUGCUUGAUCUGAAAAUGUAUCCCCUACACCGUCGUUAGCACCUUGUUAUCCCGUAAUACAAUUAUCCUUCCUGCUCCAAUCGCGUCGUUUCAUUUCUGCUAUGUUUUGGGCUCGCUGCUAACUAC